AUGAAAAUCUGGAUUCUUAUUUCUUUUUUAUUCUGGAGUUCUAUUGCAACUGCUAACGAACCUCAGCUUCCAUUAGUCUCUACGACGAUCAGUCCGAACACAGAAUUCGUUAUAUUUGGAACCAGGCACGGCAACCGUAAUCCAGAUCAGUUCCUGAGUGGAAUCGAUAGAUCAUGGGGACAAGAAGGAUCAUUGGAGUUGACUUCGGUAGGAAAACGACAAAGUUAUGGAUUGGGAACGGAACUACGAAAAUUCAUUGGAAACUUGACUACGAACAACUUUAAUGUUUCUGAAGUCAAAUACUACUCGAGCUCAGCGAAUAGAUGUCAGAUGACGUUACAGGUAGCCAUAGCUGGAUUGCAUCCUCCACAAGCAUGGAAUGACUGGAAUACUCAAAAGUUCGAUGACUGGUCCCCCAUUCCUUAUACAAUUUCCGACCCGAUUCUCCGAAUGUAUUCUGUAAAAUCUUGCAAAAAAUCGGCCGAAGUGUGGGCUCCAAUUGAUAAUGAUGACCUACCGGAACUCGAGAAUUUGAAGAAUGAUAAUGCUCAAGUAUUACAAUAUUUGAGUCAAGAAACUGGUUGGAAUAUGACUGGAAAUCUCGGGAAAGCUGCUGAUUUGGCUGACAACUUGAUUCAAAUGGAUUUCUAUAACACAACAUAUCCGGUAUGGUUGACUCAACCAACAGUUGAUGGAUACGACGGGAAUGAGUUGAAGAAAACUAUCAUGGAGUUUGCUGAAAUUCAUCCUCGAUCAUGUGCAUACUACUAUCCAUGUCGUUACUUAAUGGGUGGACUCUGGUUAGAUGAUAUCAUUAAUAAAUUGAAUGAUGCAAACUCUACGAAGAAUGCUUUGAAGGUCAUUGGAUAUGCAUCGCACACGGAAAUCACUCUUGCCGUAAUGAAACUAAUGGGAAUCGAGAAGGAAGAAGUCACAACAUCAGCUGGAUUUGUGAUUGAAUUCAGAAGACGUCCGAAUGCAGCAAUAAGAAUUUUGAAUCAUGACCCAAAUCCUAUUGAUGCUCAUGUCAUUUAUCCAGCUAACUUGACGAAAGAGCUCUCCGAUGUCCAGGAAUCAGAUGGAUUCAUUCGAUUGUCUGAUUUCAUUCGAAUUGUUCGACCAGAGAGCUACUCAGACUGGCCAAAACAAUGUGAUGCUCCAUCUUGUGCUCUUGACAAUCCGAACCAAGAUUUCUCUUCGUCGGCGUCUUCUCCAAGCGGUCUUACUGUAGUUGUUCUUAUUCUUUUGGCAGCUUUCACUCGAUAA